AUGAACUACAAACAGAAGGAUGAGACAGAUGUCAGUCAAUUCGAUCCCAAGUUUACAAAACAGAUGCCCAUUGAUUCUCCUGUUGAUUCUAAACUCAGUGAAAGUUGCAACCAGUUGUUUAUGGGUUUUACCUACGUUGCACCUUCUAUACUCGAAGAAAUGACAAAACCUUGGUUAUCGGUUAAAGAACCGAGGUCACACAGAAAGUUAGGAUCUUUUACGAUGAGGGACCAACACCACAACAUUGAAGACAUUAACGAGAGUGAUGACGAACAUUUAACAUCAACCACACUUAAAGACAAAAAUAGCAUUACAAACCACAAUGGUGCAAUUAAAAUCAAUAAAUCUCGUCCUAUCCCUGUUUCAAAAUCUGCUGUCUUUAAGGGUGUCAAAUUACCUUUCAAAUCCAGCCAAAACUUUGAUAACAAAAGUACAAAGCCACCAUUCUUUACAACAAAAUCGACGCCGACGACAGCUUCAACAUCUGCAUCCUCUUCAGGUAAAGUAACUCCAGUGAAGAGCCAUUCAUCGACUGGAAGUAGUCGUUCUAACAUCAAUUAUGUUGAAACCUUGCUGCACUAUGGUAAUGGCAAGGACUCCAAACAAGGCAACGAAAAAAGAUGGAAUUUUUCAAGUUUUGUCAAAUCAAUCAAAUCACCUUUCAAUCCAAAGAAUCAUAAGGCUAAAAAUUAGUCAUGACUGUUUAAUUUAACUCAGUUAUUUUUUAUUUAUCUUCACUCAGAUUCGUAUACAUAUUUAUUGUCUAACUUGUGAUGCAUUAUGUUGAAGACAAUGUUAUAAAAAAAACAGUUAUAAUAGUAAUGCGUUUGAUCAUUGAAUGUGCCAGUCACUCGUUAACAUGUUAUUUUUUAGCAUUAUGUAAGCUUGUCUAUUAUUGAUAAAUAUGUUUCAUUUCAUUAUUUCUUUCAUCUUGUGGGACAGGGUACUUACUCCUGUCACCACAUUUUAGUCAUCGC